AUGUUUUCCUCAGCCUGUUGUGUGAGUGAGCAGCUUUCUUUGCAGAAGUCAUUAAAGACAGUAGAAAGGCCUUUCAGAAAAGGUUCUCAAAAUGUUGUCCACAGACCUCCAGCCCCAGAGUUCCCUGAGGCUGGGUGUUUAAAAUGCACAUUCCAAGGCCUGCCUGGGACCUCUGUCCUCCUUGAGGGACUGAGAACUGGGCACCCUGGGGGGUGCAGGCUGGAGCAGAGCUGGGGGGCAAGACUCCCUGGCUGCCCCGAGCCAGCCUCGCCCUGCACUUUUCCCUGAGGAAGCCAAGGGCAGCCGCGGCCACUCCACACCCCUGUUAGAAGAAGCUGCACAUGUAAAUAACGAGAUCGUGUUCUUUGGUUUCUGGAGGAGGUGUGUUUGGGGCUAGCAGACAUGUGGCCAGGCUAAUAGGCUAGUAAAUUAGCUGCAACUGUGUUGUGUAUGUGUGUGUGUGUUUUGGAAUGUGUCUGUGUUACUUCAUGUGUACACGUACAGCUGCAGAUGUUCACUAAGCACACACACACAAAGGAGGCAGCCUGCCAACAUACCUGGGCUUCACCCAUUGUGUUAUGUUUGGCGGGGUGGAAGACCGUCUUGGGGUGAUUCAUUCUGGUCCCCAGUAUCUCAGAGUGCAGGCUGUCAAUUAGCCCUGGUGACUAAACCAGGGGGAGAAGAGGGUGCGGUGACCUCCUUUGGCCGGAAAUGACAGGUGAGCAGAGCUGCAGUCAGCACCUUGCCCCAGAGCUGUUGGUGCAGGUUCCCGGGCUGGCCAGACACACAGGUAUUUCUGGGCCAUGGCAGGCCCGUUGCCGCGAGCCCUCCUGGGUCCCUCCCGUGGGGCGUGUGCUCCGGGUCCGACUCUGGCCGCCAUGGGGCCCUCCCAGCACCUCAUGUGACUGCUGCUCUGUCUCCACAGGACGACACCCUCCUAUUUCUCCCUGGCCACAGCCCUGCCUGUGUCACAGCUGAGCACCUGUUUGCGUGAAGGCAAUUUCCAGAAGCAGGAACCCAGAGCUGGGCCAGGGGGAUGAACCGCGAGGGAACUCCCGGAAAGAGUGCGGAGGAGAUGUACGUUCAGCAGAAGGUCCGAGUCCUGCUCAUGCUGAGGAAGAUGGGGUCAAAUCUGACGGCCAGUGAGGAGGAGUUCCUGCGCACCUAUGCAGGCGUGGCCAGCAGCCAGCUCAGCCAGCUGCCCCAGCACUCCAUGGAGCAGGGUGCAGAGGACGUGGUGAUGGCGUUUUCCAGGUCGGAGACGGAGGACCGGAGGCAGUAGCCGCAAACCCCGCAGAACACCCCAGAAGGUGGCAAGGGCCCCGAGUUCUGUGUGGAUCAGAGGCCCCCCCUGCCCUCCUCACCCCCCAUCUCACUGUCACCAGCUGGGCCUGUUUCGGGGAGACUCCAGUGAUGCAGUUAGGAUUGGCUUAAAGGGAUGGACUCCGUGAUUGGCUACUGGAAGAAACCUUUUUAUUUUUAAAUCUUGACCAACAGAAACCUUUUAUUUUUAUUUCCAACUCAUUUUUUUUUAAAACCUUUGCGCUUCGGUAUAUGGCUUCCCAGGAAGCUCUCUGAGCGCUGGUGCUCUAUUUAGGUCAUUUUUUAGGAAUGUGAAGAGGUCUGAUUGGCUGCUUAAACUGGAAAUGGCUUUUAAUUGGCUGGUUAAUGGGAAACAUUUUUUUUUUUCUUUGAUUGGCCGCAGGUGUCCUGCUGACAUCAACAGCUUCUCUAUUUUGAAGGCAGAAAACAGGGUUUGGGACAUUGGUUGUUAUAUUUGACUCGGGAAAAAAAGAAAGAACAAAACCAAGUGUGCUUUGCAAUAUUUAUUACACAAAGAGCUUGCUGCUGCUUUUACAUUUUUUUGUCUGUGUUUGAAUUCGGUUGGCUAUUGAUACAUGUGUUUGGUUUCCCAUUGGCUCGCCCACCACUCCCGUUGCCAUGGCUUCACCCCGACUCUGCUGCUUGCAGCCCCUCUCUGGGGCCUGGGGUCCACCUGGAGAGUGCAUUCACCGUGAUGAGCACACCUGAGUCCGCAGCUGGAAAAUGGCCCCCUGGAGCUCAGUGUCAUCCUGAUCGAGCAGCCCAGCACAGAGAGGGGCCCGUUAGCCAGGAUCUCUGGCACCCCUUCCAUGCAGGGGCAAACAGCCAGCUCCCGUGGCGAGAUGAAGUGGCCCUGCUGUUGCAGAGGGGCACUGCACUGGGCAGCGCUGCCCUGACAUCUGACCCCUGUAUCCCCCAGGCCUCCAAAGGGGGUGCCUCCUUUAAAGGGAAGGAGCUGCGAGACCCCCCAGUGCAGCUGAGGUCUCUGCCUGGGACCUGGGAACACACAUAAAAGCUCAAGCUUGGCUUGCAAGGCCCCAGAGGCCCCCGAAACCCCAACCCCUGGCCUGCCCCAGCCAGGCUCCCACAGCAUCUACUGGGGGUAGCAGGGUCCCACCACACCUGGGCUCCUUGAGGUCCGUCCCCCUCGCUGCACUGCCUGUGCAAGAGUGUCUCCAUGUCAGCCGGUAAAGGGUGGAGUCAUCACUGAUCUAUGGUGUGUCCCCUGGAACAGCUGGCUGGGCCCUCCCUGAGCAACCCCCCACCACCACCACCUCUGCCUGGCCCCCAGAAACACAUUUCAGAGCAGUGGUCUUGAGGAGGUGGGGCCAGGCCUGGAAGAUAGUGUUAGUGUGGGACUGCAACCCUUCCCACCUGCCCUCGCUCCCCUGCAGGAACAUCGCUCACAGGAGUGGGGGAGAUGCCACGAACUUAGGGAAGGGAGAGCGUCCACCUGCCCCAGCCACAGUAGAUGCAGAGGCCCCUUCCUUGCCCCAGGCACCUGGCCAGAGAAGACUCUCCGGCCCAGAUCUUUCUGCCUCCUCAGGGCUCUGGGCUGACAGGCUGCUGCACAUCCCAGAGCAUGCGGGAGCCAAACGCCAGCACAUCCUGGGUCCGAGCCCCGGUGAGUCCCAGUGGGGUUCAGGCUGUGCUCCGAGUGUCACCUGAGCCCAGCCCAGGACUCAAGUGCCACUGCUGAGGCACUCUGUCCCCGCCGCACACUGGUGCCUGGCACGGUAAAGGCUGUGGGUCUCCACGGGAUGAGGACAGAGGAACAGCAGGGCCCUGGUAGCACCUCCCUCCAGAAGGGGCAGGCGUGUGUGCAAGUGCAAGUGUGCACACACACACACACCCCAUGUCCAGUGGCCUGCAGCUCCGACCGAGCCCCUGGGGAAAAGUGGAUUUUUCCGUUUCCCUUCCUUGGUGGGUAACAUCGAGGCUCGUGUGGCUGCUGCCCCCCUUCCAUGUCUGGCCCUUGGGAGGGGUCCCAGUCCGGGGCGCCUGUGUGCCCUCUUCCCAGCCUGGCCUCCCAAGGUCACUGAUCUGUCUCGUCUUCCGAACAGGAAAAGUGAGAGUGCUGCUGUGGCUUCAUAUUUCAACUAAAAGUGUAUCUAUCUGUUGGAGAAAGAAAUUAACAAUAAAGAUCUUUAAUAGCC